AUGAAAUACAUAUUACCUUUGCGAGAAAGGUUGACCACUCGAGAAGUCUACAGGACCAGAUUUGCUGGCAGUGCCGUUGUAGCAAGCUGUGAAACCUCACUUCCAGCACCAACCCAAAUAUCAAAACACUUGAAUCCAUUCAUCUGUUCUUUGAAGAAAGUUUAUUUACUUUUAGAUGAAAUGUUUUUAGCUGGUGAAAUUGUAGAAACAUCUGAAUUGGUUAUUUUAGAAAGCUUGGAAUAUUUAGAUAAAUUUAAUGUUGUGUUUUAG